CGUCAGAAGAAGAAGAAAAAAAAAUACAGGACGGAAAAAGAAAGUGUGACAGCGCUAUCCUUUUCCUUGUCUGGUAGCUCCGACUACCUUAAAAAUUCAAAUGAAAACAAUGAGACGUUAAGACCGCAAUGUUUGGACAUUCAUUAGCUUAGUUAACAAGUAGUAGGUGAAAUGACACGACCACGAUGGUUAUGCUUCUAAUGUGUUUUCACUUCGUCACCCAAGUACUGAGUGAGGCACCUCCAGGUCUGCCACAGAAUGUCCUGCUUGACAACUGGCAGUUGACAUGGACCCCUGCCAUGGAAGAGCGCAACGUCACCUACACUGUUAGGUACCGCAGCUUUGACGCUGAUCAGUGGAAAGAUGUCCCAACCUGCAAGCAGAUGUCUUUCACUUCCUGUAACGUCACUUUCAUGAAAGCGGAGACAGACCAUGGCUGUGCUAUGAUUGGUGUGCUAGCAGAGAGGCGUGGACUGACUUCAGAAAUAGUCGGAGCCUGUAGCAGUCAAGGUAACUCCUGUAGCCCUGAAGUCGUCUUGAGUGCACAUCCUGGCUUCUUGACUGUUCAUUUAAGUAGAAACAGCGGGAUCGCCCUGGAAGGUUACCAUGUGAAACACAGGAUUUACUUUGGGAAGGAAGGAGAACCCUUACAGGCAUAUGAAGAUGCUGUGUCCUCAGUGCCCAUUCCUAAUUUAAAGGAGGGAGAACGUUACUGUGCAAGUGUGCAGUACAUUUACUUCGACAAUCCUAUCGGAGUGGCUAGCUGCACCCAGUGCAAAGGCAUCCCUCAGUCAAACCAAACGUCCUUAAUUGAUCAUGAGGAAAAUGAAAGCCUUCUGGGCUUUCUUCUUCACUUCAAAAGGUGCAGCAACAAAAAAAAUGGAAAUAAUAGUCGCAGUUGUAAUCGUCCUGGUUGUUCUGAUACCGCUGGUGGCAUACAUCCUCCUCUUUCAUAAGAAGAGAAUCAAAGAAUGGCUUCAACCUUCAUACAAGAUACCAGACCACUUCUUCCUCGAUGUCUAUCGUCAGUCUCCCAUCCCCAUUUCCAGCAACAGCUCAACUGAGCUCUGCAACAACAUUUCAAGCAUGGACUUCAUAGAACAAUGACAGAAGCUUCAGUAAUAUUGAAACGCAUUAGCUACGUCCAAUAAAUGACUAAACCCUACAAUGCAAAAAUAUCCUCUCCGAUAUAGAAUGUGAAAUGAUGUGAUGAAAUGUGGGAAAUUAGUUUGUAUGAAUGUCACUUUUUACUGAGUAAACUUUUCUACUUUUAAAAUUCAA